CCUGGAGGGCGGGAACGGCCGGAUGCAGCACUCGCGUGCAGCGUGGGGGGGUUGAGAGAGCGAGAGAGAGAGAGAGAGAGUCUGCCAAUACAUAUUUAUCUCUUCUGCUCUAAUUCACCGGCAACAUAAUAGACCAGGUCGAUGUAACCUUCCUCUCUCUCUCUCUCUCUCUCUCUCCUCACUCUCUACCUCUCUCCACCACACACACACACACACACACACACACACACACACACACACACGCGCCGCUACCCGUCAGCUUGUAUAUGCGUCCCUCCUCGCGCCAGCGGGUAGCCGCCUGGCUGCUCGCGCUGCCGUUGGGUACAGGUGGAGAGGAAUGCGCGCGCCGCGGCCGCCUGGAGAUGAUCUCGUUUUGGCUGCUGUGCUGGAAGCUGUUGAGAGCCACAGCCGGGCUAAGGCGGACUACAGCUGAGCUAACAGACGACGAUAGCUCGGGAAACAAUAACCCCGUCAACAACUCCCCCACAACAGAUCCAGUUACCAUGGAGAUCAGUUCAUCGCCACCGCUAACAGAUGCAGAAAGAGAAAACUCAGUUCUUUGCUGCCGCAGCCGGGACGCUGAGGAACUCCAUUACCCAGGGGUCCACGGGGUGCAGCAGCCAAUCAGGGAUGAGCAGGAGGAAGAACCGGUUGCAGAGGCAGAAAAUGGGAAAAAACACGAAGAUGAGUGCGACUAUCUUGUUUUUGAGAUAGGAGAGCCGAAGGGAGGGGAGGAAGGAGGUGAAAGUGAACGAGGAAGAGAGGAGGGGGGAGAAGAGGGAAGAAGAGGAGAAACAGAAGGAGAGAACGAAGGGAGAGUAGAAACAGAGGCAGAAGAAGAAGAAGGAAGAGGAGAAACAGAAGGAGAGGAUGAAGGGAGAGUAGAAACAGAGGCAGAAGAAGAAGGAGGAAGAGGAGAAACAGAAGGAGAGGACGAAGGGAGAGUAGAAACAGAGGCAGAAGAAGAAGGAGGAAGAGGAGAAACAGAAGGAGAAGAUGAAGGCAGAGUAGAAAUAAAGGGAGAAGAAGAAGAUGGAAGAAGAGAAGAAACAGAAGGAGAGGAUGAAGGGAGAGUAGAAACAGAGGCAGAAGAAGAAGAAGGAGGAAGAGGAAAAACAGACAUUGGGGAUUGGGGGAGAAGAGAAACAGAGGGAGAGGGUGAAGGUAGUGGAGAAACAGAGGGCGAUGAUGGAGGAAGAGGAGACACACAAGAAGAGGACGGAUUGAUGGGAGAGACAGAGCUCCUCUUCGUAUCUGACAGUCCAGUGUGUCCCUCAUCAUCCUCAUCAUCAGAGCCCCUGAUCGCCGCCUCAGACGCCUCAGAGCAGCCUGCAGCGGCCAUGUUGCAAGACGCCUGGGGUCACGACCUCUGCAACAGAGACGACCUCAGUGACUGCCUUCAAGCCGAGCUGGCUAUCGUGUACUCGGACAGCGACGCAGGGGAGGACCAAUGGGCGUCCUUUGCGGCCUGUGAUGUCAACGGCCAGGAAGAAGCAGGCGGAGGGAGUCACGAUAGCGUCUGUGACGCAGAGAGCAAGGAAGAGGAGAGAGGAGGAGAAGAUGAGGAGAGAGGGGAGGAAGAGGAUGAGGCAGAAGUAAAGACUAUUACGGAGGAGCAGAUGGAGGAGCAGGAGGGGAGGAGGGACGAUGAUGAAGAGCAGAUGAGGUCGAGACGAGAUCUUUUCCUGCGGUCUCCUUCUGUCAGCUCCACAGCCAGCUCCACGGACCCCAACAGGAGGGUUCCUGUAGAUUUCCAUGUCCACCAGGAGACCCUCAGUGAAAAUGUCUCCACUGAGCAUGUGGACUUUCUGUUGGCCCGCCAGCAGUGGAGGAAGAUGGAGGAAGAAGUCAAAGGUCAGCCAAUUCCCAAACCAGGGCUCAGAGCCCAGGGGAGCUUCCAGGGCACCCACACUUCCCUGUACCCCCCCACUCGCAGCCCUCGGCUCAAACACAGGGAGAUCCAUCCACCAGCGGCCAGGGAGCCCACACUGUCCUCCACCCUGUCCCCCACUUCAGAGGACUCAGGCCUGGAUGACUCGUUGUACCGCAGCCCCCUGGAGGAGACAGAGACCGCAGUGGAGAGAGAGAUCCGACUGACUCUGGAGAGAGAGGAAAGGCACCGCAGGGAGAGGGGGAUAAUUUCACAGGGCCUGACUAUACCCAGACCGUCCACUCUGCAGACAGGACGAUCUCCACCCAGACCUCCAGCUUGCCGCACCCCUACCUUGUCCAUCUCCCCAUCUCCUUCCUGCUCCUCUUCCCUUCCCCGGUCUCUCUACCAUGAAAUGACAGCCAAUAAUGUCAUAAUCCUGGAGCCCGACUGCUCCAGUUCCUCCUCCAGGAACCGCCUACUCUCCUCUGCCAUCGGGGGCCUCUCCGAUUGGCCAACAAGCCUGGAUGCGGUGCCUUCUGCCAAUGUCAUCGUCGUGGAAACCUCCAAUCUGAUCAUCCGCAGCGCGUCUGAGUUCUGCCUAAGCUCAGCGCCGGCGUCAAUGGAAACGCAGGAGAGCACUUUCUCGUCCAAUCCGUUUUUUAAGCUGCGCUCCCUCAGCAGCCAGUCACUGGUGGAGCAAGAGAUCCGCAUGGUGAGGCAGAGGGAGGAGGAGUGGAGGAGGCAGAGGGAUGAGAUGUGGAGGAAGAGGAGGGAGGAGGAGUGGAGGAGAGGGAGAGAGAGGUAUGAUACUGUGCUGGUGUCUCCGGGCCUGAACGAUAACAUCAGUUACAACGUGCCAGAGGUUCCAGACAGAUGUGUCUCCUCUCCUUCGUCCCCCUCCAGGACCCGCAAAAUGGAACGAUCCAGUUUGUCUUGUGACCACAAGUUCCCCCCUUCCCUCUCUUCAGUGCCACGACGACAGAACACCAUGGCGCAGCGAUGGGAGGCCUCCCUAUUAGCCAAUCAGAAGAAGGAGUGAGCACCGACAGCACUCAACUGUCAGCCAUUUAAAAAAAGCCAAAAUGAAAUGUAACGCCUAUGUUUCUUCUUCCUUCUGUCCAGAAAACUCACACAGUCCUGUCUGUCCGAAGCCGUUGUCUAUUGCCAUGUUUGUCUAAACUGUGGGUUAGAACCAGUUCUGAACUGUUUUCUGUGGGACGCCAAGUGAGAAAAGGACUGUUUUGUUUCAGUAAGCUUGGUUUCAGAGAUAAAGGGGGCUUUCACACCUUCCGUUUUCAGUUUGAUUUGAACAAAAAUUACAGGCGUGAAACCUCCCCCAGACCACGGUCCGCACCAAACAGACAAAAUUUGUUCAGAUGAAAAGACUCCAGAUCAAACUGAACCGUGGUUCGGUUCGUUUCUACACUGUCAGACCAUUUACAGGAAGUUCUGGUGGUUUCUGUCCAAACCGGAAACAAACAAAUGCACAGAGAAAUACAUUGAAAUAAUGACACAAUUAUAAAUCGCCCGUGAAAGCUAAACUUUUGUAAGACUAUGAAAGGAAAUUGACACUCAUCUCUUUGGUCUCUCCCCAAACGUACGUGACAGGGCUCGAAUAUUUGCUUGCAAUCUUCUCCUUCCCCCCUGCCAGUGAUGAUAUAAUGUUCACACAAAAAGGACAAUCAUUUGGCGAAUUUGAACUAUAAAAUGGCAACAAUCUGCAUCUCUUCAUUCAUCCUUGUCAAAGCUGAACUGACAACACGCUGACGUCAGACGCACGUCCGUUUACAAACCGAUCAAAGUAUAGCGAGACCCAGCCCACAUAGAUGAUGACGACAGGACGCGAGUAUGUCACGCAGCGUUUUGUAGUGCGCUCGCGUAAUUGCAAUUUGAAACCAAACUAACCAAAUGUGUUAAAACAUGAACUUUGGUUCGGACCUUGGUGCAGACUUUCAGGUGAAGGGGCCCUAAGAUAGUUUGGGUUUUCAUGAUUACUGCUUUCAAAGUCAAACUGCUCUUUUGCACAAUGUCUGAAACAGUGUAAACAUGUUGACAUGUCAAAAAUGACAUUUUAUAAUAACUUUUGUUGACUUCCAAGGCACAUGAGGUGCAUCACAAUAAUAACUGAGUGUAAAAUUGCAAUCAUAAUAAUACCACAGUUUGUGGCUCAUAUUAUAGUAACCUUUGGAAGCACUUGGCAAAAUCUGCAAUAUUGUCCUUUUAAUAUUUACACCACUUUAAUUUCUAGAUGUUAUUAUGGUACUAGUAGCCUAUAACUGUUCAAUGAUAUUUAUUGAUUUUGUUUUUAAUGACUGACUGUAAUGCAGUGAUUUUCAGACUUUUUUCUGGGCAGUGAAAUAAUUUAAGAUGUGAAUUUUGUCUCUAUAUAUUUUAAAGUAACUAACAGCAUUACGUUGAUUAUUUUAAAAUACUGCAGCUACAGAGAUUUGAGAAGGUUUAUGCAAAAUAAUUUAGCAUGUUGUGUUCAAUUCAUGUAUCUUAAAAGUGCCAACCCAGACUUUGAAAAUCACCGCCUUAGUGGAACGUUAUAAUGAGCCACUGAUCAAAAGAGUUUGGAUGUCCCAGGUUUCCGUGUCAGCCAUGUUGGCUAAACAGUGCUAGCUGCUAACUGAAAACCAUUUGGGUCACAGCUGCACAGACAAAAGCCUUUGCUUCUUAUUUGGAGGAGGUCAGUUGUAACCCAGAUAAGAGUUCUGGAUCGGGGGGCAGUUUAGUGUAUGUCAUGUAAACAAAGUGGAAAGAGCAAAUUUAUUGUAGCCUCAAAGAUUUUUGUUGUUAUUAUUUAGAUUUUCUGAGGCUAUUGCAUAAAAUAAAUAAAUCUUAUUUUUAAAAUAUGUCGCUUUGGUAGCGAUCUAAGGCUUUUUCUGUCCAAAAUGACGGGUCUUACACCUGCAUUACCGCUCAGUUUAGUAGACUUAUCCUAAGAUAUGACAUACUGGCCUAAUGCCCACAUACUGGACUGGGAGAAGAAGUCCUGUCCCCUGCUGUCAGGCACGACGCUGUCAUUGGCCCAUUCUCUGCCGGGUAGUAAAACAUAACGUGAAGACAGGCUGAGUGAGCGAGCAGGAGGCUUUCCUUCAUAUAAAUCUCUCCGUCUUAAUAGUCUAUCCCAGUGGGCCAAAACUGGCACCUUGAAAAAUAAGUUUUUGGAUGUGGACCAAUCGCUGGGAUGCACACGCACCAGCACAUGCUUUAUCGUGAGCAUGUGAAACAGUCUCUUUGUAAUCAAUUUGUUGAAGAGGGAGAGUAAAUAUUUUGCACAAUGUGGGGAUCAAACACACAACCCUCCUACCAAGAGGCCUGUGCACUACUGACUGAGCUAAACGGGCACUCUAACAUCUUUUGUUCGUUUGUUGUUCUCGUCUGCUCUAAAAUACUUUUUAUACGGAACUCAUCUUUCAGUUUCCCACUGAGUGGGUGCAAAUUCACUUGAGGCAGCGCGAACUGAGGAGGAGACUUUUGUGCAAGUAAAAAUGUCACCACUGAACCUAGCUAGCUCACAGCUAACGUCUUUACCAUAGACUUCAUAUAAAGAUGGACGACACACAGUUGCUGCCAUCACAUACACCUGGCCGACUCAGUCAUGAGCAGGGCUCAGCUAAUAAUACCAAACUUGAAAUAUGAACACUUGAAUAAACAUCACACAUGCAGCCAUGGUUUAAUCUUCCCUCCUCUGUUGUGUCUUUGUUUGGGGAAGUAACCUCUUGAAAUGUACAUGUGGCAUCUUUUCACUUCAGUUAUAAAUUAAUCAGUUUUAAACUCCUGGACUUUAAUAGCUCCUGUGUUUCAUGUUAAAAACUCUCUGCACAUUCAGAAUCUCUCCCACAUAUCUGUGUUCUCUGAGAUGUGCAGAAAAAAGUUUAAUUACUUAAUGAGAAUUCACAAUAUUUUCUACCUGCCCUAAACUCUGCUGUGCAUUAAGUUAUUGCUCCGCUGGUAGUAUCCCCUUCAAACAUUUAUGAUCAGUUAGAAAUCUCACCACAAAUCCACACACUGAAGUGCAGCUCACAGUUACAAACCGAGCGAGGCUGCACAUCAGUUUUUAGAUGGUUAUAUUGCAAAACUCUACCAGCUACGCCACCACUCGCUCACAAAUGGUCUGGACUCACGGCGAGAGCGUGUGUUCCCUUGAUUACUAUCUCGUCUCACCCCUAUUUAUGAAUCAUAGCCAGCCAUCAGAGGCGUGCAAGAAGUUCUGGCUUCACUUUGGGUCGCUGUCAUGUCGUCCAUAAAGAUGGGCGACAUGACAUAUCUUAACAGACUGUAAAAACACUCCAGCUGUCAAAUUUAUGUGAAUUACUCAAAGCGAACAUUCAAUUGUUUUAGCAUUAGACGCGUUAGCAUGGUGCAUAUGGUCCAGACAAUUUUUUUUGUUUUUUUAUUGAUACAACCUGGCCAAACUCUGUCAAUCUGUGGCUCUGCUGUUUCAGCAAAAUAACUUGAGCACUUCUGAACAAAUCAGAUAUUUUAAUCCUAAAGUCUAGUGAAGAUUUUUACAUAUUUUUAUGUCCUGUCCUGAUUCCUAAAAAGAGAUUUAUGGUAUCGUAUUUUUGCUGCAUAUAUUUAUGAAUGAGCAAUGCUUAUAAAUCCUUACAGCCUUUAUUUCUAAGAGGUUUAUAAUAUAUUGUGUCAGAAUGACUAUUUCAAACUGUUUUUUAGAAGAAGAGUUCGUGCAUGUGUGUAUGAGUGUAUGUUUUAUAGCCCAUCCUCCAUGAAUCAGCUGGUCGGAGCUUACCUUACUUUAAGUUGGGCUUCUACUGCUCCAGAGCUCGCUCACUCACUGGUUUCCAUUAAACUCAGUUUGACUGUGUGUGGAAUAAAGGUGCAUUCAAGUAAACUCAGAAAUGGGAUGAUUUUUAACUGCCAAGGUGAAAUAACACCAGGUGAAUGGGAUGCUAACAGCUGCAGUUUCAGUUUAGCAUCACAUUAUUUUGAUUGUGCUAUAAGCUGUAGUGUGUUUAAACUACUAUGUUACAGUAUAAAAUAUACUACAAAGGAUCUACAACUACAUUUGAGCUGUGAGUCAUUGUGAAACCCGAAGCUGUGCCAUUUAAUGUGGUCUAUAUUUUCUGCCCUAUAUGUUGAGAGGUUAGGUUUGAAUUUUUUCCUAGUCUAUCUUACGCUGCAUUUCAUAAGUACUUCAAAGAAGUUGUUGGUCGCUAUUUUCCUCCUCUUCUCGCUGGCUGUAAAACCAACCCUCUUCAGCAGUGUGAGUUAGCCAAAUCACAUAGCUGUCUUUGCCCAGACACGGGUGUGUAAGGAAGUUAAAUUUGCAUCUUCCAUCUUGAUUUUGUGUGAAAAAACCUUCAGAGUUGUGUUGUUGCUUCUGAAAUGUUGCUGUGUCUUUUAAAUUAUGUUGCAACAUCGAGGCCGAGGCAUGAGUUUGUCAUUGUUUCUCAAACAACCUAGCGCACAUCUUAUUUAGUGAAAUAUCUGACUCAUAAAACAAAAGUUUUUAGAUAGAAGCGAAUGUCAGGAACAGGAAAGAGUCCUCUAUUAGCUCAUAUCGUGUACACAGCAAAGAGAAGCUCGGUCGCUGCUGGAGGUUGGACCUCUGCCGACCAGAUGCAUGAAAAAAACCCAAAAUAAAACAAAGAAAGAAUCUACGGUUGUGUCUCAGACUUGUGUAUACCGAUCCUGUGCAUAAUCUAUGCUACUACAAACUACAUGCAAGUAGGGAUGAUCGCUUUCGUUGUAGAUUAAUCUGUUGAUUAGUUGUUUAAACUAUUAAAUGCUCUCAAAUGUUAUAAAAAGUCUUAUUUUGUCCACAACCCAAAGAUAUUCAGAUAACUGUCGUAGACGAGGAAAGAAAUGAGAAAAUAUUCACAUCAGAGAAUUUGUCUUAAAAAAUGACUCAAAUCGAUUAUCGAAAUAGUUGCAGACUAAGUUUAUAGUAAUUUAUUAAUUGAUUAAUCGUCGCAGCUCUAAUGCGAAGUGAAUCUCAUUCUAGAUUCUAACUAUGGUCGCCUCACAUUUGCACAGAAUGUAUUUUGUCCCCCGGCUCUUCUGUUGUGGCCACACGAGGAAAGGAUCCCUUCAGGGCGAGAGACGAGGAACGAUCACAGCGAGCAACAACCGCUUCGAUGUACAUUUGGCAUGCGACUGUUGUAGACUGGAAAAGAUACUAACAUAUCCUUUAAAAACAAAACUCUUGGAGCUGUGAUGUCUGAUGAGAUUCUGAUUCUGAUGAGAUGUAUUGAAUACACAAUAAAAACUGCUCCUGUACGUCAAAAGCAGGGAACGUUCAGCAUGUCAUUAUGUUAGUGUGUUAGAUAUACUGUGAGAUAGCACAUUUUACCGUUUGCCCUCUGAUUUCAUUGCAUUCGGGGGUCUUGGAUCCACAUCCAUACCUGGUUUUGUUCCUGUUUCAAGAUACUUUAUUAUUCCACAACAACAUAACACUACUUUUAGUUUUUAGAAGACAGUGGAAAUGCAUUUAGCCAUAACGUUAUUUAACAUUUAUGAUCUUCUCUUGUCAGGUGUGACACUGGGGGACACCUCACACUGCUUCCUAGAAUAUUCUGUAUGCACUCAUAUAAACGGCUUUUCCUCACUAGCGUCAUUUAUUCUGGUUCUGUUUAUUUCUUAGUUUACUUGCCUUGAGUUUCAGUCAUUUAUUAUUGCCAAACGAAAAGGUUCAAUAAAGCGUGUGACUCCUCAA